AUGGUUUGUGCUACUAGAAUAACUCUAGAUAAUUGCUUAAUAUAGAUUACUAACAAUUAUUUAGGCUGGAGCAUUAGAAAAUGCAAGAAAAGAGAUAAAACGUCUUUCAAUUGAUGAUGAAAAUGAAUCUCAUUAUGGUUCUAUUUUCUCUGUUUCAGGUCCUGUCAUUGUUGCUGAAAAUAUGAUUGGUUGUGCUAUGUAUGAAUUAGUUAAAGUUGGUCAUGAUAAUUUAGUUGGUGAAGUUAUUAGAAUUAAUGGAGAUAAAGCAACAAUUCAAGUUUAUGAAGAAACUGCUGGUGUUACUGUUGGUGAUCCUGUUUUAAGAACUGGUAAACCUUUAUCUGUUGAAUUAGGUCCUGGUUUAAUGGAAACUAUUUAUGAUGGUAUUCAAAGACCUUUAAAGGCUAUUAAAGAUAAAUCUAAAUCGAUCUAUAUUCCCAGAGGUAUUGAUAUCCCUUCAUUAUCAAGAACUAUACAAUAUGAUUUUAAACCUGGUCAAUUAAAAGUUGGUGAUCAUAUAACUGGUGGUGAUAUUUUUGGUUCAAUUUAUGAAAAUAGUUUAUUGGACGAUCAUAAAAUAUUAUUACCACCAAGGGCAAGAGGUACUAUUACAUCAAUAGCUGAAGCUGGUUCUUAUAAUGUUGAAGAUACUGUUUUAGAAGUUGAAUUUGACGGUAGAAAACAUAAAUAUUCAAUGAUGCAUACUUGGCCUGUUAGAGUUCCAAGACCAGUUGCUGAAAAGUUAACUGCUGAUUAUCCUUUAUUAACUGGUCAAAGAGUUUUAGAUUCUUUAUUCCCAUGUGUUCAAGGUGGUACUACUUGUAUUCCUGGUGCUUUUGGUUGUGGUAAAACUGUUAUUUCACAAUCUUUAUCUAAAUUUUCAAAUUCAGAUGUUAUUAUUUAUGUUGGUUGUUUUACCAAAGGUACUCAAGUUAUGAUGGCUGAUGGUUCAGAUAAAGCUGUUGAAGAAAUUAAAGUUGGUGAAUCCGUUAUGGGUAAAGAUGGAUUACCAAGAUCAGUUGUUGGUUUACCAAGAGGUCACGAUACAAUGUAUGAAGUUCAUCAAAUUACAGGUCAUAGACGUAAUGCCGAAGUUCAUGGCUUAAUGGAUUUCACUGUUUCAGCUGAUCAUAGGCUCGUUUUAAAAACCAAGCAAAACAUUAAUGUUACUACUCGUAAAUAUUCAGGUAAUGAGUAUGCUGCUGUUACUUAUUUUGCAUUGGAAAAGAAUAAAGCUGGUAUUGAAAUGGUAAAAGCUAAGACUAAGGUUUUUGGUCAUCAUGUUCAUGGAAAAUCAGCUGCUGAAGAGAAAGCACAAUUGUUUGCUGACGAGCUAGAUCAAGAUUCGUAUAUUGACUGGACUGUUGAAGCUCAAGAUUAUGAACUGGUUGGUAUUAAUGUUAAAACUAACACAACUCAAAUGAUCAAUCCAGUUUUCUUGGAAUCAGGAAGACUUGCUAGUUGGAUGGAGUCACAAGGUAAAAGCAAAGAUCUUGCUCCACAGAUGGCAUAUUUACUUGGUGCUUGGGUUGGUGAUGGUUACAUGGACCGUGUUAGAUAUUCUUUUGAUCCUAAAUCUGAAGAUUCAGUAUUGCCACUCAGAAUAUUUAAUUACGCUUCACUGUUUGGAUUGACAUGUUCCACAGAUCAUUCUUACAAGUACAAUGCUGGAUCUGCAAUGUCUUCUGCUCCAGGUUCUAGAGAUGCUAAUUUCAUAGAAGUGCAAUAUAAUAAUGCAAGUACUGGAAGUUUGAAUAUUCAAGAAACUGAUUCUGGUACUAUUAGCUUUAGAGAAGUUAGUUCAGAAGAUUUAAGUGUCAAUUCAGGUGAUUUUGAAUCAGAGAAUAGUACUCCAAGAGAUGUUGAUUUAGAAAGUUCAGAAUUAAGUGAUGCCAACAACAACAAAAUCCAAUUGACAGAACAAGAAUUCUUUGUUGGUCUCAAUGCUGAAAAGGUUGAUGAUAAUGAUUACGUUUUUGAUACAGAAUCUGAAUAUAGUCACGAUGGCCACUGCUUAGAUGUUAUUAUUCAUGGAGCUAGAAAAAACAACAACACUUCCAACAUUGUCUGGGAUGCAAUUCAAUUUUUUGAAACUAAAGUGGAAACAGAUGAUGGUUCUGUCAAGAAUGUUCCUUCUCAUUUAGUGGUAGAAGAUAUCGCAGUUAGAGAAGCAUUUUUAGCUGGUUUAGUUGAUACAGAUGGCCACUGUGAAUUAAAUGCAGAUGGAUCUAAAAAUGCAACAAUUACUACUAUUUACAAAUCGGUUAGUGAGGGUGUUGUCAAAGUUGCUCGUUCUUUGGGUAUAAAGGUUUUUGUUAGUACUGAAGAUGAGCAUAUUGAUGCUAGUGGUGUUAGACACAGAUUUUGCUUCCGUAUUUUUAUGAGUGGACCAGCACUUACUGGAGUUCUUUCAAAUUGCUCCAUUGAAAGAAAAUAUUCGCCAAGAACUGAAUUUUCAAGAGAUCCGGUAUUGUUUCAUUUUGAUUUGAAUAAAGUUAAUCAAGAAGAUUAUUAUGGUAUUACACUUGGUUCAGAAACUGAUCAUAUGUUUUUACUUUCAAAUCUUGCUUUAGUUCAUAAUUGUGGUGAAAGAGGUAAUGAAAUGGCUGAAGUAUUAAUGGAAUUCCCAGAAUUAUAUACUGAAAUUUCAGGUAGAAAAGAACCAAUUAUGAAACGUACAACAUUAGUUGCAAAUACAUCAAAUAUGCCGGUUGCAGCAAGAGAAGCUUCAAUUUAUACUGGUAUAACAUUAGCUGAGUAUUUUAGAGAUCAAGGUAAAAAUGUUUCUAUGAUUGCUGAUUCAUCAUCAAGAUGGGCAGAAGCUUUAAGAGAAAUUUCCGGUAGAUUGGGUGAAAUGCCUGCUGAUCAAGGUUUCCCAGCAUAUUUAGGUGCAAAAUUGGCAUCAUUUUAUGAAAGAGCAGGUAAAGCAACAAGUUUAGGAUCUCCAAAUAGGGUUGGUUCAGUUUCAAUAGUUGCUGCUGUUUCACCUGCAGGUGGUGAUUUUUCAGAUCCUGUUACAACUUCAACUUUAGGUAUUACACAGGUUUUCUGGGGUUUAGAUAAAAAAUUAGCACAAAGAAAACAUUUCCCAAGUAUAAAUACAUCUGUUUCAUAUUCAAAAUAUACUAAUGUUUUAAAUCAAUAUUAUGAUUCAAAUUAUCCAGAAUUCCCACAAUUGAGAAAUAAAAUUAAAGAAAUUUUAUCAAAUGCUGAAGAAUUAGAACAAGUUGUUCAAUUAGUUGGUAAAUCUGCAUUAUCAGAUUUUGAUAAAAUUACAUUGGAUGUUGCAAAUUUAAUAAAAGAAGAUUUCUUACAACAAAAUGGUUAUUCAACAUAUGAUCAAUUUUGUCCAAUUUGGAAAACUUUUGAUAUGAUGAGAGCAUUUAUUGGAUAUUAUGAUGAAGCUCAAAAAGCAGUUGCAAAUGGUGCACAAUGGUCAAAAUUAAGUGAAUUAACUAGUGAUGUAAAACAUUCAGUUUCAUCAGCUAAAUUUUUUGAACCAUCAAGAGGUGAAAAAGAAGGUGAAAAAGAAUUUGGUGAAUUAUUAACUAAAAUUUCAGAAAGAUUUGCAGAAGCAAGUGAAUAG